AUGGUUCAGGCUGAGAAAGUACGUCCACGCCGCCCCAAUCGAGGCCUCGACGAACCAGAGCUGACGCGAUCAUCGCAGUACGGUGUGCAAAACGGUUUGGGAUUACCUGGUAUACGUUCUACGCUCGGUGUCUGGCGGGGUGUCACUGAUGAUUCAGCAUUUUUCGAUCUUCUUUUUUUCGAGGUACUCGACAUCGCGUCACGGAGGAGACCAGAAAAGCGAAGCCCAACGCUGGCACUUCCCUUUCCCGAGCCGCCGUCAGUGAAAGUUCCCACCUCUCGAGCCGCCGUCACUUCCCUUUCCCGAGCAGCUCAAUCGGCCAAAGCAUGCCCAGUCUCCGACGCCACCCACCGCGAUCCUCGCUGCCUCAGCACCAUCAUCUCCGGCCUCGCCCUCGACGGUCGCCCGCUGGAAGCUCUUCGCCUCUUCAAAUGGUUCCAGACCUCCGCCCUCGACCCCGACGAGUUCACCCUCUCCAAUGCGCUCUCGCUCUCCGCCAAUCUCAGCGCGCUGGACCAGGGAAGGCAGAUCCAAGCUCUCGUCUUCAAGAAGAAUCUACCCAUGGACGUCGCCGCCACCAACUCGCUCAUCAAUCUCUACUUCAAGUGCGGCAGCAUCGCCGACGCGGAGAAGGUGUUCGACGAUCGUCAGUCUUUCUUAAAUACUUUAAAAUGGAUUGAAGAGGUUCAAACGGAGAGGGGAAGUGAUGUUAUUAUUAUCCUUGUUGGGAACAAAACUGACUUGGUCGACAAGAGGAAAGUCUCCAUAGAAGAAGGAGAAGGUAAAGCGCAAGAGCUCGGUGUCAUGUUUAUCAAAACAAGCGCAAAAGCUGGCUUCAAUAUAAAGGCUCUCUUUCGAAAGAUUGCGGCUGCCUUGCCCGGGAUGGAAACCUUUCUCCUCCAUGUUGCUUAGAUUUAUGAG